CUUGGCGGGGUGUCAGGGAAAGGACUACGCUUCCCAUGAGGCUCCGCGCGUAGUGUUGACUACCCGACAGGCCCUGCGCGCCGCACGCGCCAGUUUUGGCCUCAGGGGCAGAGGGCCAGAGAAUGGAGAGCAGCGACAAGACGGCCGAGAAGCAGCGCAUCCACUUGCGCCCCGUCACUCUACGCGACGCAGCCCCUGCCACGCUACACCUCCUGCCUUGCGAGGUCUUGGUGAACCGGCCUGCUCCGGUGGAGCGUUUCUUCACGCCCGCCAUCCGCCAGAAUCCCGAUGGACUCCAGGUGUCGUUUCGGGGCCGCAGUCUACGGGGCGAGGAGGUGACCGUGCCGCCAGGCUUCGCGGGAUACGUGAUGUUGACGGAGGAGAAGGGAGAGGGUCUGAUGGGGAAGCAGGGCUUCCCUAGGGCAGAAGCGAGGAAGAGCGGCGAGGAAGAGCGGGAGCCGGCGGAAAGCCCGGAGGCGCUGGAGCGCGACUUUGAUCGCUUUAUCGGAGCCACCGGCAGCUUCAACCGCUUCACCCUGUGGGGCCUGGAGAGCGUCCCUGGCCCGGACGCCAAAGUGCACGGGGCCCUCGCUUGGCCCCGCCUCGCUGCAGCGGUGAGUACAAACACCCGGGCCUCGUCCGUUCCCCCUCCCCGAAUCCCGCCCCUCGUGGAUUUGGGGCGUUCGCGCUGGGAGCAUCGUGGGCCUGGCUGACUCUGGAAGGUCAGACUGGGUGGUUGGGAAGCGUGACUUCCCCACCCGUCUCCCUGGCCUUUUACGCGUAUCAUUCUGAGCAGCCUCGUCCCUCCCUGGGUAUGUAUGUAGGCCACUGUAUCU